UUAGAUUGCGAGUUUUUUUUAUUAAUAUCUCUAUAGCUUAAUUAAAUCAAUCAUAGCCCGCAAAUGUUAAUUUAAACGCAAAAUGAGUCGCAUUUGGUUUAUUUUGGUGCUUUUAUUUGUGACCCAAUUGGGCGAAUCACAGGCGGCGGUAGUUUCCGUGCGCCAAAACCGUUUUAAUGAAGUUCCAGAUCUGCAGACUCCGGCGCCAGUGGCUAGUUCUACGGAAUCCACUAAGAAAACAGAAACAGUUACCAGCGGUCUGCUGAAAAAAUGUCUUCCCUGCAGUGACGGUGUGAAAUGCGUGCCGCAAAUCCAAUGUCCCGCCCACGUUCGCAUGGAAAGCCACGAAAAGCCGCAGAUUUGCGAUCUGCCGGCUGGAAAAUUCGGCUACUGUUGCGAGACGGGACAGAAUCACACGGCCCCAAAAUUGGAGGAAACCUCCGCCAAGGAGCGUCGAUCCGGAAUUCCCACCAUCCUGCCAACUUCGGUUUUGGAUGAGGCACGUCGCAAUUUCGAGCACCUGAUGCACGGCAUUGCUCAGAUUCCUGUGCGCCGAGGUUUUCCGGCCUUUUCCCACGGCCUCGUGUUCCAUUCGACGGCCAAGGAUGAUCUGCACAACUUUGCCAUUUCGAACAGUGCCAUAGAGCAGGUGAUGACCACCCAGUUGUUUGGCAAGAAGGAACAGGUGCCCGUGGACGAUUUCAUCACCAACAAUGUGCCCGUCAAGUUCACGGAGACCCCGUUGGCCCAGCACUGCCAGCCGCCUCCGAUUUGCAGGAACGUUCGGUCGUUUUAUCGCAGCUUGGAUGGCACCUGCAACAAUCCCCUGCCACAGCGGUCGCUGUGGGGCGCUGCUGGUCAGCCCAUGGAGCGCCUGCUGCCCCCCGCCUAUGAGGAUGGGAUCUGGACACCGCGUGCCCACUCCUCCGACGGCACUCCUCUCCUUGGCGCCCGCAAGAUCUCACGCACCCUGCUCUCGGACGUUGAUCGUCCACAUCCCAAGUACAACCUCCUCGUGAUGCAGUUCGGACAGGUCGUGGCCCACGACAUUUCACAAACCGCUUCGGUGCGUCUCGAGGAUGGAAACCUGGUGCAGUGUUGCUCCGCCGAGGGAAACGCUGCCCUGAGUCCUCAGGAAAGUCACUUCGCCUGUAUGCCGAUCCACGUGGAACCGGAUGAUGAGUUUUUCGCAGCUUUUGGAGUGCGUUGCUUGAACUUUGUUAGGUUAUCCCUGGUGCCCAGUCCCGAUUGCCAACUGAGCUACGGCAAGCAGAUGAGCAAGGUGACACACUUUUUGGACGCCUCUCCUGUUUAUGGAUCGAGUGAUGAGGCAUCUCGUAGCCUGAGAGCCUUCCGUGGCGGCCGUCUGCGAAUGAUGAAUGACUUUGGGCGGGAUCUGCUGCCGCUGACGAACGACAAGAAGGCCUGUCCCAGCGAGGAAGCCGGAAAGUCCUGUUUCCACUCGGGAGAUGGACGAACCAAUCAAAUUAUAUCUCUGAUCACCCUACAAAUUCUCCUGGCUCGCGAGCACAAUCGUGUGGCGGGCGCAUUGAGUCAACUAAAUCCUUCAGCCAGCGAUGAGUGGCUUUUCCAGGAGGCUCGACGCAUUGUCGUUGCCGAGAUGCAGCACAUCACCUACAACGAGUUCCUGCCCAUUAUUAUUGGGCCGCAGCAGAUGAAACGCUUCCGUUUGGUGCCACUGCAUCAGGGCUAUGCUCACGACUACAAUGUCAAUGUGAACCCCGCCAUAACCAACGAAUUUUCGGGCGCUGCCUAUCGCAUGGGCCAUUCCAGUGUCGAUGGCAAGUUCCAGAUUCGCCAGGAGCACGGCCGCAUCGAUGAAGUGGUCAAUAUUCCGGAUGUGAUGUUUAACCCUUCGCGGAUGCGCAAGCGCGAGUUCUACGAUGACAUGUUGCGCACUCUAUACAGCCAACCGAUGCAGCAGGUGGACAGCUCAAUCAGCCAGGGACUCAGCCGUUUCCUCUUCCGUGGCGACAAUCCAUUUGGACUGGACCUGGCUGCCAUUAACAUUCAACGAGGACGCGACCAAGGACUGCGUAGCUAUAAUGAUUACUUGGAAUUGAUGGGGGCACCCAAACUUAAAACCUUCGAGCAAUUUCCCAGUGAGAUUGGCCAGAAGCUGUCCCGCGUUUAUCGCACCCCAGACGACAUUGACCUGUGGGUGGGCGGCCUGCUGGAGAAGGCCGUCGAGGAUGGAGUGGUGGGAGUGACCUUUGCUGAGAUCAUAGCCGAUCAAUUUGCCCGCUUCAAGCAGGGCGAUCGCUACUACUACGAGUACGACAAUGGGGUUAAUCCUGGCGCAUUCAACCCUCAGCAGUUGCAGGAGCUGCGCAAGGUGACGCUGGCCCGCUUGCUAUGCGACAAUUCCGACCGUCUCACUCUUCAAGCGGUGCCAUUGGCCGCUUUUAUACGAGCUGAUCAUCCUGGCAACCAAAUGAUUGGAUGUGAUGAUCCCAACCUGCCUGCUGUUAACUUGGAGGCAUGGCGCACUUGAGUUAAUGUUUUAAAUUCAUUUUUAAUUUAUUUAUCGAGUUUUUAAACUGUAUUUAUAUGGGCGAAUGUUCCGCCGAAUUGUAUAUCCCCGUUUUAUGUAACUGCGGCUCAACAAAGAAACCAAAAUAAAGCCGCGAUCGAUAAAGCUGA